AUGCACGAUUUAUUCGACCCCGGUUUAUGGCCGGAACAUAUCAACGACGAUAUUCGUCAACAAAUUAUUGCUACGAAUCCUUCUAAUUUCGAUAACAUAUUUAAAAUGAGAAAAGCCAUAUCUAAAGAUUGUAAUGGUAAAAUAUUUUCUGAAUUUUUGUUAUAUACUAAAUCAUCAAAUAAUAGAGAAAAAUAUCCACGAGAUUGGCUCAUUUAUAGUUCUUCAAAAAAAACAUUACACUGUUUUCCUUGUUUGUUAUUUAGUGAAAAUCUUACUGAGUCAAUAAAAAGUCGUAGUGUUCUAGUUAAGAGAAGUGGAUUUUCUCCAAAAACAAUACCCUGGAAAAAAUUAUAUGGUAGACUUCCACUUCAUGAAAAUAGUGAAACGCAUCGUACUUGUUAUUGUAAAUGGAAAAAUGUACAACAGUCUUUGUUUGGUUUUGGAGUAGAUAGUCAAUUACAAAAAACAAUUCUUAGUGAAGCAGAAAAAUGGAAGGCUAUUCUAAAAAGACUCCUUGAUGUAACUUUGUUUCUCGCUUCUAGAGGAUUGCCUUUUCAGGGUAGCAGUACCAAAAUCGGUGAAGUAAACAAUGGUAACUUUCUUGGAAUAUUAGAACUUCUUGGGCGGUAUGAUGAGGUAACUAGAGACCAUUUAGCAACUGUUGAAAAAUAUCAAAAUAAAGGCGAGAGUAUGAAAGGAAAGACCCACUAUUUGUCUUGGAUGAGUCAAAAUGAAUUUAUUUCUCUUUGUGGUGAAAGUAUUGCUUCAGAAUUACUAAAAGCGUUAGAACGUCACAAAAUCCCAUUGGCAGAUUGUCGAGCCUAA